AUGGCUUUAGAUAUAGAAUUCCAAAAAUUAAAACAAAGAUGGUUGAAGGAGAAGAAUUAUGAAGGAGAGAGAAUAGCUGUGGGAGAGACAACAUUAGGUGGGAGUAUAAUAAGUUCGGUUAAUAGAGUGCUGAGGGAAAUGAACAAUAAAGAACAUGAGAGUACUGCUGAGGAGCUAUGCGAAACAAUGGAAGUAGGAGACAGAAGGUUAACGCCAGAAGAGAAGAAAGUUUGCAACUUCGUUUUAAGGAAUUUAUUAAAAAUAAAAGACAUUAGGGGAAAUGAAUGUGCAGGAAAGAACAUUGAUGCUGAAUUGAAGGAAUAUGUGUAUUGUACAGCAGUAAACUUAUGGUCCACCUUGUAUCGAAUGCAACAUUGUGAUAAGAAGAAUGGUGUGGAGAAGGCGUACAGUAUAAUGAAAGGUAUAAGCGAAGGGGUUAGUGAACAGAUUAAGUGUAAUGUGUGCGAGUAUGGGAAGUUAGAACCAAUGAUGAUUAGGGGUCGGGUUAAUAUGUUAGAUUAUAUUUAUGGUCCUAUGACUGCGAAUAACACAAUUAUGACAUUAAUAAAUAAGGACUCAAAACCAACGCCGAAAUGUGAGGAUGAGAAAGAUGCUCUAACAAAAUUAGGUCUUCAACAUAAUAGUGGUACCAUGAAUACCGGGAGUAAGGGGUCAUCACGGGACCAACAUCUUAAGAGCAGGCAGGGGCAGGGCAGUGCAGCAGGGGACAAAUUGUUGAGCGAACUAAUACAAAGGUGGAUAGUGAAGAAGGAUGAGUGGGAUGAGGAUAGAGUUCAUAAAGGAAUAUGGAUCGACAUAGGGAAAAUAUUUGAUAAUAUGAUACCCACAUUUAAUCAGGAGGAAGAAAUAAUAAGGGAAUGGUGUAGUGAAUAUAUGGGGGAAGGGGAAAAUGUUACAUGGGACCAGUCAGAGAAAGAAUUUUGCAAAGCUGUAUUAAAAAUAAUACUAUAUACCAAUGGAUUAACGCAGAACUCCGCGGUGAGGGAGAGUGUUAAGACAGAGGAUACGGUGGAAACCUAUUUCAGAUGUAUAGUAGGGUGGGUGGUCCUAGUCCAAUUGUAUGGAGGACAUUGCUUGUUUAAUAAAGUCAUUCCGUACCUAUCAGAAAUGGUGGAAGGGUUAGUACAGGUCAAUGGGGAAGAAAUGACUGAUCACAUAUGUUAUAAUUUUGAUUUGAAAAAAUCAGCAAUAGGAGGGAAAGUAUUAUGGGGAACUAUAAAGAAAUGGGUAGAUGAAAAGAAGAAGACGGAGGUAGGGGAGGGUGGAAUAAAGAAGCAUGAAUGGAUAAUGACAAACUUAAACUGUCCUAGUGAAAGUACAGGAAGUAAAGGUAAGAUGGAACACAAUAGCAAGGGUGGGAGCCAUGGUCCAGAAUGGAAGGAUAAGAACAUUUUUGAGGAAUUCCAGAAAAUAAUGAAAGAAGAAAAUUAUCUGUCACAGGCAGGUGCAAACCAAGUAAUGGAAAAAAUGAAUCCCAAUCAUAGUGAGGAAGAAAUGAAGAAAAAACUGGAAAGUGAAAUUCAAGUGAAAGUACAGGAAGAGAAGAAAGCAGCAGCUGCUGUAGCGAAGGCAGCUGUUGCAGCAACAGUGAAGAGUCCACAACCAGUAACGCACCCAUGCUACUCCUCCCAAUCAGAGGAAGAGACUGCAAAAAGAAGAGCAAAUGAACAAAAAGGGGAUCAAUUGAGAGAUGCAUGGGAAAAAAAGAAGGAAGAGUUCACGAAGAAUGGGACGCCUGACCAGGAUGAAAUGAAGGAAAAAAUGGACCACGAAGUGAAUAGACUGUUAGGCGAACUGAAGAAUUAUAUGAACAUGCGGGAGCAGAGGACAAAUAUACCACAAAUAUGUGGAGAUUUAAAGCAUGAAAAGGAAAAGGAUAAGACAAACCAAAUGAAAAGAGUAUGCAAAAGGUUAGUAAGAGUAAUCUAUUGGAUGGAAGGAUGGGACAGAGUGAAAAAAAAUUGGAAAGAAAAAAAUGGGAAGGUAGAUGAAUGGCAGCAGUAUUUAAAGUGUGUAAUAGGAAAUACGGUCAUAUUAAGAAUAUUUAAGGACAAGUGUGAAGCAGAACCAAUAAUGGAAGUUAUCGCUCAAACUAUGGAAGGGAAAGCAAAAAAUUUUCCACCGAAAAAGUAUGCUGGAAUGGAAUGUAGCUGGAUUCGAAAAAUGGAUAUUAAGAAUGGGGAAAAGUUAAUUGAUGAGAAAGUGGAAGGUUGGCUAAAAAUAGCGAGGAGUAAGAACAACGGUGUUUCUGAAUUAGAUCAGGUAAUGAUUUGGAUGACAUGUAAGACAGGAGAAAAGAAGAGUGAAGGAAAAAAUGAAAAAAAAAAUUGUAGGAGUGAUAGAAUUAUGGAUCUAAUGAAUUGGGGAAGGUCAAAAGAACUAGGAGACCUAGUCAAUACGGACCAGCCCGCUACGAAACCUUCUACGGCAGGGACUACAAAUGGAGUAAACAAAGCAAGUAAGAGUGCAACAGCGUCUAAUAUUACUACCACGAAGGAAGAGUGCGAAAGUAUUGGCGAAAAUGAUACUCCAGAUCGUAUUGCAGCAUGCCUCGAUGUUCUUAAUGGGCAAAAUAGUCCUGAUAAAUCUGAUGACAAUGAUGUACUAACCAAUGUCAGCUGGACAGGUCUAAGGGGCCAGAUCGAUUUAGAACUUCCGGAAAAAGAGAAACCAGUCCUUUAUAUUUAUGAAGAUAUUAAUGACUUGGGGGAAGCAUUCGGUGGAGGUGUCCCUGGUGGUCCAGCUGGAACCCAAAGUGCCGGUGGGGGGGGUGGCGGUGGUCCAAAUUCCAACAGUGUUUAUCACGUUAGUCCACAACCUCCAUCUCACAAAUCUAAUGAUGGUUCCCCAGGAGCAGAAGGGCCCACUUCGACAACACCACCAACAACAACAACAGGAGUAUCUUCACCUACAGCUAUUCCACUUAGUAACCCCAUAGACCCUUCCAAACUCCUUAGUCCAUAUCUUCCUACAAUCCCUGUUGCCAUCGCCACUUCUGUCAUAAGUUAUCUUCUUUGGAAGUAUUUUGCCGUGCCCAUUAGAAGAAGACGUUACAGAAGAGCUCAUCCAACACUUGGUCCAACAUUGCAGGAACAAAUUAUGGACUAUGGUAUGAACCAGGAUGGUCCACAUGAAUAUACCUUAGUAAAGGAACGCAAACCACGUUCUACGUCUAUAAAAAGGAGGAAAAAACGGGUUCCUGGUCGUCGCCGGGCUGGUCGUGGUGGUGUACGUCGCCGCAUGAUUAUUGAUAUCCAUUUAGAAGUAUUAGACGAAUGUCAAAAGGGGGACUUGCAUUCGACGAAGGAAGACUUUUUUGAAAUUUUGGUUCAAGAAUUUAUGGGAAGUGAAUUUAUGAAGGAAGACUUUGUUUCUAUGGAAAAUGUAUCUAAGGAAGAAGUUCCUAAGGAACAGGUUCCAUGUUCAGAUUCCGGAUUUAGGGAAGGAAGACCUUUGUUUGUAAGGAAGAUGCUUCUAAGGAACAGGUUCCAAGGUCAUGUUGCGGGUUUUAGGGUGUAG